AUGUCCGACUCGGUCGAGCCCGAAUGGCCAAAGUCCUUCGUAUCUGGUGCCUCCAGAUCCUUUCGUCAGUGCAAAUCUGAAAGCCUCGCAGGAGGCUCCUCGACUUCUAUCGACAAUGACGGCCUGCAGGCCGAGUCGUCAGCUCGCAGAUCGGUCCUGGAGCCUCAAAAUGUCGCCACUGAGCGGCUGGGAAAACUCAAGCAAGACCUGCGAGUUUUGGACUCGGAAGCCUUCUGGACACAGUUGAUGGAAAGUCUUGCGUGGAUAUGCAAUGCUCAGUAUGCGUUUGUGGCGCGGAGAGUCCGUGAGGACGAACUCGGAAACGAGUUAGGCGGCCAUAAACCGUGUUUAUUUGGCACAGUUUUCUAUUACAAUGACGGACAUGGAACCGUUGGAAUGCAUCGCCGCCGAUACUUCGCCGGCGGUAACCCGCUGUCUCACAUGGAUCAGGACAAGCCUUGUCUGAUCCGGGAGAAACUGGGGUCUCUGAAACCCUUCGAACGAGACCGACUCCCUUUCGCAGCAGAGGCCUACCUAGCCAUCCCGUUGUUCUCGAAGUCCAAAUGCCUUGCUUACCUGGGUCUGAUGUGGUCUGAUUCAGGCCUCCAGAAGCUGAACCUUCCGUGGUCGUUCGUCGAGAUGGUUUUGCAUUCGCUAGAAGACCUGGUCAUCCAACGACUCCAGGACGAUUGUGAACACGGAAAGGCGGAACAACCCCAUGGCCACCUCUUCGAUGCCCACAAGAUAGACGAUGCACACAUGAAUAUCCAAGGACAUGUGGACUUUUCAUCACAGCCUCUCAAGCCCUUUGCGCGAAGCUUGUCCCAUGAGCUUCGGACACCAAUGCAUGGAAUCGUGGGUAUGCUCGAUGUGAUGCAUGCCACCGUGCGGGAAGCCAUCAAGGAAAAACCCUCUCCCAAGACUGGGUUUGUUUUCCAAACUCUCAAAGAAAGCAUUGAGAUGGUUCAAGAUAGUGCAAGGCGAGCAGUGGAGGCUGCGGAUAACGUGGUCCACGCCUACGACCUGAAUAUGCAGGUUCCCAAGACCCCUCAAGUCGAGCGGGAUGAGUUUUUCGGUGGCCCUGUCCAGUCCCCCGUCGCUGCUUCGGAAACCCGCCCCAACAUCUUUAUUGAAGGGAAUAAUAUUACGGUGAAUCCUUACAAACGUCGCAGGAGCAACCCUGCAGAAUACAAUUUGGGAAUGCUGCCAAAAGCAAAGGUUCCCCGCGUCUCGCAGUCCAAGGAACUUUCUCCACGGAGCGAAGAGGUCAAGAUUGCAGUCCAUGAAAGCGAAAAGAUCGUCCAGGCAGCCCCGGUGCAUCAGCUAGAGGCUAUGGUGGCCAACGUGAUGGAGCCUCGGCCUUCGCUGGCAGUCCGGCGGUCCGCCCCUCAUCUCUUGCUAGAAGGCCUCAACUUCAACCUCAAUAGCCCAGCCCUCCGAUUCACGAAACUUCGAGAUCUGCUUCGGCUGGUGAUCAACGAAUCCCUCCAUGUGGGUGGCCGUCCUGACUUCGCCGUAACCACGGCGACGGAGGUGGGCGAAAAGAUCGAAGUCCGCACACGCUCUUCUAAUGGAGAGAUCUUUUCAAAGACAAUCCACUGGUCCGUGGAUCCCGGGCUUCCAGACAUGCUGUUUGUGGACGACCGUGACCUUGCGAAGUUGAUUUCCUGUGUAUUCUUGAACGCAGUGAAGUUUACCAAUAAUGGGAUGAUCACAGUCUGCGCUACUGUCGGCCGGAAGCCGAACGAUGUCUUGAUUACCGUCCAGGAUACUGGGCCAGGGAUACCAGAGGCCUUUUUGCCAAAACUAUUUAAACCAUUUGCUCAGCAAGAUGCGUCCACCACCCGAAGCAAAGAUGGACUGGGACUGGGACUGCUGGUGGCCAAAGGUCUUGCAAGGAAGAUGGGAGGUGACCUGUUAUGUGUCCGCUCCUCAACUUCGGGCCCUGAUCGUGGCUCGGAGUUUGAAAUCAGAAUCCCUGCCAAUCAGCAUGACGCUUCUACUAGGCCAGUUGCUCCCUCGAAGCUGUUGACUCCUCCGCAAGCCAACGAAUCGUCUCGAUCAAGCAGCACGCCUAGUAUAGGCUUGGAGACGAUCGGAUCCCCAUCGAUUCCGCUUCCUUGCCCUCCCAUCCAGCAACCAUCUCCGAGCCUCACGGAUGAUUUGCCAUCUCUGACCAGCACUCCACGGCCUGCACCGAUUUCCAAGCCACCCAGAAGCUCCUUCGAUGGAAACUCCCACGAUACUAAACUGGGUAAUAAGCAUCCGCUCACCUUUUUGGUAGCCGAAGACAAUAAAAUCAAUCGGCGGGUCCUGGUGAGCAUGCUGAAAAGAUUGGGUUACCAGGAUGUCUACGAAGCCUGCAAUGGAAAGGAAGCGGUGCGAAUCAUGCAGGAUGUUCUCAAACACCCGCUCUCGAAAAAUCCCGCGGGCAAUGGUUCGACUUCCUCCCUGAACCGCCAGAAUGGAGCGGAUGAUUUCUUGGUGCCUGAGUCUCCAUCCCAACGGAAGGGGCUCAAGCCGGUGGAUGUCAUCUUGAUGGACCUUUGGAUGCCAGAAAUGGACGGCUACGAAGCCACGUCGAAGAUCCUCCAACUUACAGAUGAAUACCACGGCCAAAUCCCACCCAAAACCCAUACUAGCCGCCCUUCCGAGACAGCGGACAGGAACAUCGUGACGCCGACUGUCCUGGCCGUUAGUGCGGACGUCACUGACGAGGCUCUCAGCCGGGCCACCAAGGUUGGCAUGAAGGGGUACAUGACCAAACCCUACAAGUUGACCGAUCUUGAGCGGUUGAUCUUGGGGUUUUGCAGCGACAAGGCGAACCACCGUGAUGACUCGACGACUGCAUGA